AUGAGCCAAAGUGAUUUGGAUACAGAUUACGAUGUUAUUAUUUUGGGUACUGGUUUAACCGAGUGCAUAUUAUCCGGUUUGUUAUCUGUGGAUGGUAAAAAGAUUUUACAUAUUGAUAGACAAGAUCAUUAUGGUGGUGAAGCAGCCUCUGCAAGUCUCUCCCAAUUAUUCAAUAAAUUUAAACAAAAACCAAUGUCAGAUGCUGACAGGGAAGCUAAAUUUGGAAAAGACAGAGAUUGGAAUGUUGAUUUAAUUCCAAAGUUUUUAAUGGCAAAUGGUGAAUUGACGAAUAUUCUGGUGCAUACUAACGUAACAAGCUAUUUAGAUUUCAAGCAAGUUUCAGGAUCCUAUGUUUUUAAAAAUGGUAAAAUUUACAAAGUUCCAAGCAAUGAAAUGGAAGCAAUUACUUCCCCUUUGAUGGGGAUCUUUGAAAAAAGAAGGAUGAAGAAAUUUUUAGAAUGGAUUAGUAAUUACAAUGACGAUGAUAAUUCAACACACCAAGGGUUAGAUUUGGAUAAAAAUACAAUGGAUGAAGUUUUCUACAAAUUUGGAUUAGGAAAUGCAACUAAAGAAUUUAUAGGGCAUGCAAUGGCAUUGUGGACUAAUGACGAUUAUAUCCAAGAGCCAGCAAGACCAACAUUUGAGAGAAUAUUAUUGUAUUGCAAAAGUGUUGCUAAAUAUGGUAAGUCUCCAUAUUUGUAUCCAAUGUACGGUUUAGGAGAACUUCCACAAGGUUUUGCCAGACUAUCAGCUAUUUAUGGUGGUACUUAUAUGCUAGAUACCCCAAUUGAAGAAAUUAUGUAUACUGCUGAUGAUAAAUUCAAAAGCAUUAAGACAAAGUUAGGUGAAUUCAGAGCACCAGUAGUUAUCGCUGAUCCGACUUAUUUCCCAGAAAAAUGUAAAUCAACUGGAAAAAGGGUUAUAAGAGCUAUUUGUAUAUUGGAACAUUCAGUUCCAGGCACGGGUGAUGCUGACUCUCUACAAAUCAUAAUUCCACAAUCUCAAGUUGGUAGAUCAAAUGACAUUUACAUUGCUGUAGUCUCUGAUUCUCAUAAUGUCUGUAGUAAAGGACGUUAUAUUGCCAUUAUUUCUACUAUUGUUGAAACAGAUAAACCGCAUAUAGAACUAGAACCUGCAUUGAAAUUAUUAGGCCCAAUUGCAGAAAAAUUUAUGGGAAUUGCAGAAUUGUUUGAACCGAAAGAAGACGGAUUUAAAGACAAUAUCUUUUUAUCCAAAUCUUAUGAUGCAUCUUCUCAUUUUGAAACUACCACAGAUGACGUUAAGGAUAUCUAUUUUAGGGUUACAGGUCAUCCCUUAAUGUUGAAAACUAGAGAACUUCAAGAAUGA